UGGGAUUAGAAUGAAGUGCAGGAAUGUGUCUUAUCACUGAACAGACAGGUAUAAGAGCUCUCCUCACUGACUGACACAACCACAGCGGAGGUGACUGAUAAAAUGUGAAGGAUACUUCUUAUACCAAGCAGUCGUAUGAGGAGAAAUAGGUUUCCAGUCAACACUCCACGUUGUUAGUGAUGCGGCUGACCACAGAACAAAAACUAAUCUAAAACGGAGCGGAGAGUCACUCAGCUGGAUUUAUCAUGUCAGUCAAGCUUCCUAAGAGGCUGAGCAGCAAAAAGAAAAAACCUCCAAAAGACAGUGCCCAGGCAGAGGUCCUAAAUAAGCUGGGUCUGGAGGCCUUCCGGACUACACCACUAGACCCAGCCUCUAUGUUGGACAUCAGCACUUGGACUCUGGAGAACCAAGCCCCUAUAGAGCCCAAGGAUCUACCAAAUGCUUUCCUCCAACGCCUUUGGCUGCUAAGCCCAGAAGCCCGGAGUCCUUGCUGCAAACCUCUGCAUGAUGUUCUGAACAAUGCCAACAAAUCACCCGAAGAGAUGGUCAAUGGUUUUGGAGGAGAAAGCCAGUGUGCCGUCAACCCUCUUGAUCUAGUUACAGCUGUCUUUAUGUCUGCCAACACUUUCCUUCAGCAGGAGAUGACUGGGCGCAUGUUGCAAUGCCAGUUUGCUGUGCCCCUGGUCCUUCCAAACAUAGAUCCACAAGAACCCAGUCGCUUCCUUCUUUGGCCUUUGAGAGGCGCUGUGAGCCAAUGGAGAUCUCACUUUCUGGAUAAUAACAGGAAGGUCCAAGAGGGGGAUUUGGCAAGUACAUACAUGCCAGUGGUUUCUUGUGUGAAGCUUGGUCACAGUGACGUCUCUAAGUCACAGGUGCUAAACAAUGUUAUAAGUGGACUCAGAACUCCGUGUGACACAUUUCUCCACAGGGGGAUGGAUGGAGGACGGCUGCCCCGAAGACUCGCCAAUGGCCUGGUUGAGAUUGGAUGGUAUCUACCCACUGGAGACAGUGCCAGUGAUAUUUUCCCUGUCCCCCUGGUCAUCGCUAACCUCCGUGGUGACGCCAGUACACAUGAGAAAUGCCUCAGCCUUCUAUGUCAAGCGUCUUCAGCUGUGGUUGUUUUUUGUGGGAAUCUUAGGGAGAAAGAUAAACAACUUCUUGCCUCCUGCAAAAGUAUGGCAAGCAAGCUCAUAUUGAUUGAUGUAUCAGAGGCUGAGAAGAAUGAGAACAGAGUUGUAGGGUUUGUUGGUCCAACCGUUGAAGAAUACAUGGCGCUUCCCAGAGGAUCGGUGCUGCAAGGGAAAGACUUGAGUGAGGAGGAACUGGCUAACAGGUUGUGUGACACCCUGAAAGAUCUGUUACCAGAUGGAUUGAAACUUGUUACACUUGAAGCAGCAACAAAAUUAGCAGAGGAGCUAGGCCUUAAUGUAGAUGAAGGGGCGGUCUGUAAAAAGGCAAUGGCCACAGUGGAGGAAGCAUUGAAAGGUUUAGAUGAGGGAUCUGCUCAAUUUAGGGAGAAACAGCUUCCCUUGCAGGGGCAUUUGUGGAGCAAACUUGCUGAAAUAGAAAAGGAGGAGAGUAAACAGAGAAAAGAAGGAAAAGAAAUCAAUCCCCAACUGCAAAAAGAAAAGAAAGACAUCUUGGUAGACUUGAGCAGCUACAAAAUGACUCCAGCAAUGAAGAUUUUCACUGAUGCGCUUUUCUCAAGAGAUAAAGUGGAGAGGACUUAUUUCCUCAGUUGGAUGAAGCUGAGGCUUCGACUGAAGCAAAUCGAAAAAGGAAACCGUCCACAAAAUCUAUUCACAAACUUGCAGACAGAAAGGAAAGAUGGCAUGCCAGAACAUUAUGAUAAGCUCCAAAAUGGAGCCAAUGGCUACCUAGGGGACAGUGAUAGUUUCUGCACAGAUUCAACAUUUGAAGAGGAAAACACUGAAGAGCAGCCUGAAAAGGCUGAACUGCAGCUUUCUGAACAGUUUGAGAUAGGUCAAGAGUUAGAGCAUCUUGAGUCCACACAUGAUCCAGUCAGAGAGCAGCAGUUAUAUGUGACGUCAAACGAAAACGAGAUUCAAGGAAUUCAACAAAUUUCAGAUCCAGUCUUUAAGGACCAAAACCGUGAUUUGGAGUUUAGAGAAAAUGGAACCUUGAGCUGCCAAUGGAAACAAGUAGAUGAACCGGAGCUGACACAACUAAAUGAACCGGAGCUGACACAACUAGAUGAACCAGAGUUGACACAGCUAGAUGAACUGGAGCUGACACAACUAGAUGAACCAGAGUUGACACAGCUAGAUGAACUGGAGCUGACACAGCUAGAUGAACCGGAGUUGACACAGCUAGAUGAACUGGAGCUGACACAGGUAGAUGAACCAGAGCGGACACAUCUAGAUGAACCAGAGCGGACACAACUAGAUGAAACAGAGCGGACACAGCUAGAUGAACCAGAUCUGACACAGGUAGAUGAACCAGAGCGGACACAUCUAGAUGAACCACAGCGGACACAACUAGAUGAACCAGAGCGGACACAACUAGAUGAACCAGAGCGGACACACCUAGAUGAACCAGAUCUGACACACCUAGAUGAACCAGAGCGGACACAACUAAAUGAACCAGAGCGGACACAGCUAGAUGAACCAGAUCUGACACACCUAGAUGAACCAGAGCGGACACACCUAGAUGAACCAGAGAUGACACAACUAAAUGAACCAGAUCAGACACAACUAGAUGAACUAGAGCUGACACAGCUAGAUGAACCAGAGCUGACACAGCUAGAUGAACCACAGCGGACACAACUAGAUGAACCUGAGAUGACACUGGCUCUGAGAGAUUUGACUUCUUCUGCCAAUCAACAGAUGUGCCUAGAUGUUUCCUUUGAACAUCCGGUAGCCUCAUGUUUACAGUCUUUGGAAACGGAACCAUCCUUGCUGGGUCUUGAGCACUUCUUGCGUGAGAUGGGCCUGAUUUUUGAGCUAACACAUACCAGCCCUGGGAGUGGGAGCCACAAUGUGUUGCGUCUCCCUAGCUUAGCUACAGACCUUCUUCUCUACGGGAUUCCACUUGAACUAAUGGAUGGAGAUGCCUCAAACAUCCCCAUCCACUGGCUGGGCUGUGUCUUUGCAGAGCUCAAAAGCCGCCUACCUCAAGAACAAUGCAGGACCCGAGUGCUGACAAACCUUGGAGGACAUCAUGGUAGAAACGCAGAGGUACUUUCUGCAUUAUUUGGGGUGAAAUUUCCUGAAGGAAGGCAAAGAUCCACCAGAGGGUUGUACAUGGUCGCCCUGUGUCUCCCCGAUAACCUCAGAAAGGACAUGGAGUGUGAUUUUCUGUUGUUAAUUGAUGUAGAAGGUCUCUGCUCAAUGUCUCUAGACAACAAUAGGAAUACACUGAUCAAGGACAAUGAGAUGGCCACUGUUGCAACAGGAUUGAGUGAUGUUUUAAUGCAGAACAUCGCUUCACAUGCGGGUAGUGAGUUUGAAACUGACUUCACUGUCAUAAUCAAUGCUCUCCUACGCAUCAAAGAAUGUGGAUCCAUGCCCAUUUGCCAACUCCUGGCCCAGGAUGAAGGAAUAAACAGCCUAUUACAAGCAUUACAGUUAAGACGUGUAUCGGAUAUGCUUCAGACUGAAACUGUGGACAGAGGAACUGAUAACCAUGAUGCAAAGACCACAAGCUGUAUCACCUAUCUCAAAGGGCCUUGGUACAACAUGUCCCUCUCUGAACCAAUUGAUACGCAGUAUAGUAAGGCUGUGUUACAGCUUAAGCAAAACUUGUUUGGGGCAUUGAAGAAGUGUGCAGCAGAGUCUGAAGCCACAGGUUUGCCUGAAUUUAUGAGCUGUUUGUGUGCUGUUUGGGAGGCAGUGAAAUCAGAAUCAUUCUCGAUUGGUCUGCAAAAUACUGACAUAGCUUUAGUCUUCUCUUUAUUGUGCACAGAGCUUUCCCAGUGGGAGGAUGGUUUCCUGGAACACAUGGAAAGCUGGCUUAAGGGGGCAACAAAGAAAAUCAUUGCCACAAAGGCAAAGGCUUUGGACGCUGUGAUCCAAAAUGGCCUUCUGAGCGAGCUGAAGGAUGAAGCCAAAGAGGAAGUCAAAACAGAGGUGGACAAACUCAGGUCAAAAGUAGAGGCCUAUUUGAUGAAAGACAACCUUCUAAAAACUAACACAUUCAGGCCACUCUUCAUGAGCAAUAUGGAUGACCUUCAGGACAGAGUAACUGAAGAGACAAUACAGAGGUUGGGGACAGUCAACGAGAGCCAUUGUUCUUCAACACAGUUGGAAAAAUUUGAGACCUUGCUUGAAAAAGAGCAGGAAUCCAGGCUACUUGCACUGGUAGAAAACAGCAAGUCAACCAAAGCUCUCCUUCAAGAUACAGAACUAGAAGAGGAGUUUGAGGGUGCGUUGAGUAAGACGUUGUCCAACUUUGACUUCAGGCCUUCAGAAACAGAUGAUAUUACUGCAAGAGUGACCGCUAUUUUGAAAGAGAAUCUAAUCAGCUGUGGUCUCCAGAAACACAUGAAAAAACUUGAAGUCAUCGGCCAAAACCAGACGUCUAGCUUCAAAGUUUAUGAUAAGCACUUUGGAUACCGCAGCAGAUUAAAGCACAUGUUUGACGACAACAACAGACUGCAGAGGUUAGAAGCUCAUCAGGUAGCACGCAAUAUCAUAGAAGAAUACAAGCAGUUUGUAGCAGACAAAUCUAGCUUACCAGCAGAUUUCUCUGACAGCUACAUUACAAAAAUGUUAAAAAAUGUUGAAAAAGCUUUGAAAGAAAAACCUAUGGAAAUCAAAACAGCUUUUGAAGUGGAUCUGAAAGUUUAUCUCUGUAGCGCUGCGUGCCAAGACUUCCAAAAGCUACAUGACCGCUAUGCCAAAGACAGCGAGCUUUUGACAUCUAUCACUGCGACCAAGAGUACGUACUUGGCAGAGUUUAUCUACCAGUUCAGGAAGAGAGACCAGUGCCAGAGGGUGGCUCAAGCGUUCACCUCCAUGGUCGUCAAACCUACAAUGUUGGACUACAUCUAUAGACCACUGGGGAUGCGUAUUGUCAAAGAGAUCCAAGCUAAAGCCCAGCAGUAUCAUUCCCCACGUGCCUUUCAUCAAAGCUUGCUGGAAGAGCUGUUAGAGGAGGACCGCUUUGAAAGCUUCCUGGAAUACUUGCUUUCCUAUGAAGACUUCAGAGUGAGGAAGAUCCAGGAGACAGUGGUGGCUCACCUCUCUGAAUCAACCAACUUGGAUAAAUGGAGGCAACAGAGACUUGGAGAAAUUGUAGGAAAGAUUGCAGCAGCAGUGAGCCAAACGGCAGAAGGUACCAAUGGAGUGCUGAGUGAUACAAAGCCACUGCUGGAGAGAGCGUGCCUCAUUUUGGAGAAAGAUGCAGAUAUGGAUGUCACCAGGGCCUCUCUGGAUGGACCAUUCUUCAGUAUCACCACCGAAUGGGAUCGCUUUGUCACAUGCCUAAUGGAGUUACUGGCUGCAAUGCGCUUGGUCCUAGCCCAGGAGUUCACCCAAAAUGUGGAGAUCACCAAACUUCUUCAGUGCCUUCCAGUUCAGCCCGGAGACUCCCUCUUCAACAGAGUGAGAGGCUGCGAACAGCAAUGUCCUCUCUGCAGAGCCCCCUGUGAGCUGGAGGAGAUGGGACAUGAGGUUCACAGGGCUCUGCUCCACAGGCCCAAAGGCAUGUUGCCCCAUGACCCGUUUUCUCUUAGUUGCCCUGAAAGCAUGACCGAAGGCAACCCAGGCAUGAGCAAAGACACACACGACAUGCCUAUGGCAUGGGUGGGCCUCCACUCCCUCUACUCAGACUGGAGCAUCUCCGCCGAGGACCCAGACAGCCAGAUGCCCGGUGCUUACUGGAGGUAUGUGUUGGCGAGGUUCAAUGAGAGGUUUGCAAAGGAAUACAAGCAGGAGCCAGCAAAUAUUCCUGAGGAGUGGAAGAAGAUCACUAAGGAGGAGGCGUUGUACAGCCUGAAGAAGGCCUUCUUCAAUGGACAAUGCUGA